AUGCUCCUGAGUGGGAUGAAGGAAUCCCAGGGCGCAAAGGUGUCUCUGCAUACCAUCGCUGCCCAGGACCUGCGACUCCUUGUCUCUUUUGCCUACUCUGGGGUUGUACAGGCAAAGUGGCCAGGACUGCUGAGAGCUGCUCAGGCUGCUCUGCAGUACCAGAGCUCCUCCUGCCUGGCUCUGUGUCUGAGGGCCUUGGCACGGGGCCUCAGCCCUGCCCGUUGCCUGGCCCUGUUCUCCAUGUCUGAAGCCCCUGGCUUGGAGAGGCUCUGGAGAAAAGCCCGUCACUACCUCCUCACCCACCUGCCUGCGGUAGCUUUGUGCCCCACUUUCCCUUCUUUACCAGCUGCCUGCCUGGCUGAGCUCCUGGAUAGCGACGAGCUACACAUGCAGGAGGAGUUAGAGGCCUUUAUGGCUGCACGGUGUUGGCUAGCUGCCAACCCUGAGACCCAGGAGUCAGAGGCCAAGGCCCUGCUUCGAUGUGUCCGUUUUGGCCGUAUGUCCAUCAGGGAGCUGCGGAGAGUACGGGCAGAAGGGCUACCUCCACCCCUGACUCAGGGCUUGCUGCAUCAGCUGAUGGUGGAGGCUGAGGUUCCAGGUAAAGUGAGGCGGAGGGAGCCUGACCAGGCUCUGGUAGUGAUUGGCGGGGACGGGCUCAGAUCAGACAUGGCCGUAAGACAACCAUCCCGAAGAGUGUGGUGGGCCCGGGCCUUUUGCUGCGGCAUGGGACUAGUGAGAACUGUGGAGUGGGGGCGGCUACCUGCCCUGCCUGCCCCAGGGCGCUUCCGACAUGGAGCUGCGAGCCUAGCAGGAAGUGAACUCUACGUGUGUGGGGGACAGGAUUUCUACAGCCAUUCCAACACCCUGGCUUCGACUCUCAGGUGGGACCCCAGUCAAGAGGACUGGGAGGAGAUGGCACCUUUGUGCCAGGCUCGGAGUUUUUUUCCCCUGGUGGCACUGGAUGGACUACUUUACGCCCUGGGCGGACGCGCCAAUGGUGUUGCCCUCAAGUCCGUGGAGACUUAUAACCCCGAGCUUAAUGUCUGGAGGCCAGCACCUGCACUUCCAGCACCACGCUUUGCCCAUGCAGCUGCUAUUUUGGAAGGCCGAUUGUACAUGAGUGGUGGCUGCAACGGGACGGGCCAAUGCCUGGCCUCAUUGCUGCACUAUGACCCCAAACUUGAGAAGCCAGGGACACUUCUGAGUCCUAUGAGGGAACCUAGAGCUGGCCAUGUCAUGGCUGCUCUGGGUGGGCGGUUGUAUGUAGCAGGUGGGCUAGGUGAGACUGGGGACUUGCUGAGCUUUGAGGCCUAUGAACCAAGGACUAAUAGCUGGACUCAGCUGGCACCCCUGCCUUCCCCCCAUGUGGGGGCUGCAGGUGCUGUGCUGGAGGGGGAGCUCCUGGUGCUGGGGGGCUACAGCCACCGUACUUAUGCCAUCUCCCACCUUAUCCAUGCUUACUGUCCUGGCUUGGGCCGAUGGCUCUGCCUAGGAACUCUGCCAAGGCCUCGGGCUGAGAUGCCUGCCUGUGUCCUGACACUGCCUACUGUACAGCACAUAGCUUUGGGCCCCACACAGCACCAAACCAAACCUGCUGGGUGAGGGAGGGAGUAGCAGUGAAUGGGGGGAGGAAGGGAUAAGGCACAUCAUAAGAGAAGAACAGAAAUUCUGGGGGGAGAAAGAGAAGGCUUUAUUCAUGAGAGUAUUUUAUUCUCAUACAGUGCUUACAACUCAUAAACUGCUUUUGAAUAUAUGAUCUUCAUUGAGGAAAAGGGGGUUCCAAAAUUCCUAGGGAAAGGGCAUUGGGGAAGGGGAGGCAGCUGAAUACCUAGGUAAGGAGACAAGACCCAGGAGCAAAUAUACAAGGUUUAGGGACCCUGAUACAAUUCUUGGUGGGGAAAGUACCUCUAGCUGGGAAGACAGUCGAGAAUCUCCAAUAGCCAAGGUGUAGGGGCUAUAAGAAGACAGUUGAGAAAAUGAUGAUUCUGGCCUAUGGAUCAAGGAGAAAAC